AUGGAAGCUGUCGGCGCUGGUGCCAGCAUUCUCACCUUUCUCACCGUCGCUUUCUCAGUGACCCGAUCAAUCCAUUCGGCACUCUCGGCCAUCAAAGAUGGCCCUGAGGCCAUUCGUUUCCUCACCGACGAGGUUGCACAGCUCGAGAGUGUCUUACAACGGCUAAAGCAAUUAUCCUUUGUUUCUGUCGAUGACAUCGAUAGGUCUCAGUUGGAAGGUUUAGCAAAGAAAUGCAAAGGCGACUUGGCCGAACUUGAUUCUCAGCUGAAAUCCCUUGAUGUUUCCACCUCGGAUGGUCGAAGAGGUCGCCUCUGGAGAAAGCUGAAGCUAUGUUUCUCAGAAAAAGAUCUCGAUCAUAUCCGCCAUGUGGUUCAAGGUCAUUUGCAACAUCUCACAAUUUGGCUCCAUAUUAUUCAGGCGCAACAAGUGUCUUUUACUGCGGCGCAAUCUACCGAAAUCUUGAACGAUCUCCAACAACUAAAACAAGAGAUCGCAGCCCUACAAGCAACCAGUGCAGCUGCUCUCGUUACCGAGGAGAAAUCGCCAUCCACUUCAGCAAGAGUGAUGGAGGUGGAUGACGAAGAGAUGGACUGUUUACCGGAUACACCAUUGGAUGAGAGCAUCAAUCGUUUAAUGCGACUACUGGAGAAGAAACCAUGCGUGGUCGAGUCUGACGAUUCAGAAGAGCUCCUGAAAGACAUUGAGCAUCUUCUGGAAUGUAUCCGAAAUGAUGCAGAGCCUGUAGAGUCAGAAGGGACAUGCCAAAAUUGUCGCCAAGACGUUUCAAAGGAACUUGCGCUUAUGGCAAAUAUCAUCCUCUCUUCUCCGUCGAUGAUGAUCAAUAAAACUGGAGCAACAAGAUUGUGGAGACCAGCGAGCGAACAGCUUUUAAUUUCUCAAGAACGGAAACGAAAAGCUUUCGAAAUAGAUGACGGAGUUAUGACAGUCACGACAGCUAGGAGACGUCGAAAACCAUCUUCUGAAAUCGAAAGGGAACAAAGACGAAAUGAAACCAGAAGAGACUUCCUCGCAAAACUUACCUACACAUCCAAAAGCACCAAGAAGAUGCUCAGCUUGUCGGUGAAUCAGGGGCAGCUUUUAUACAACAGUUUUAGCAGCAUGCUGCCUUGCGUUACGGUCUGCAACAUUCUACCCAAAAAUUCUCCUGUUUUUGACACAGCCCGAAACGGCUCAGUCCAAGACCUUGUCGGGUUACUUGAGGGUGGGGAAGCAAAUAUCCAUGAUCAUGAUACAGAUGGAUGGUCAUUACUCCAUCACUCAGUGGGAAAUCUCCAGGUGCUGAAAUUCCUAAUUGAACAAGGAUUGGAUAUCGAUGAAGUUGCAGUUCUACCGGGGAGUGACAUCCAGACAACUCCAUCGCACAUGGCCCUGGUAUAUCUCGAUUCGAGGAACCAUUAUGAAGCAUUGCUUUACGCAGGGGCAGACGUGACUUUACAAGUCAAGGGCGGCCCUUUCGCUGUAAUAGAGUUGCUUGCUGGUUCUGAUUCAGAAUUCAAACACAUCAUGUUGAAACAGACGUUCAAUAUAAGUCCUUUUGUUUAUGCGGAUCCAAACGCUAUACAGAGCCAAAAUCUAAUACCCCGGGCUACUGCUGAUUGCUACGAAACACUACAGUCCAAACCAGGCCAGGCCCUACAACAGAUUCAACUCCUCAUUAAACAAGGUUACGACGUCAAUAGUACCUUUGUGGGGAAAGGAUGUCUACACCACCUCAUGGAUAAAAUACUCGUUUGGAUUGAAUUCCUUCAAGAGUACCUGCAGCUUUUGAUGCUGCUGGUAGAGCAUGGUGCGGACGUGUACUCUGUUGACGAAGAUGGCUAUCAGGCAUGGCACUAUGCGUAUAAUGUCACGUGUGAAGCCUGUUACCUGUUCUCCCCUUCGGCGAAAGGUGAUCUAUGGGAUGCGGCUCUCAGUCGCUUCGGGAUUUUGAAAUGCUGUGGCAAGGGAGAGAGCACCAGUGUCCCUACUGGGACGAUCGACCAUGGCCAGCCUCUGACCAAAACGAGCGUCGGCCGAGGAUGA